AUGACUGUGUCGGAGGCUCAGAGUCAAACCUCGUUGCGGCCUUUCAAGGCCUCGCCGCCGUCAUCGACGAGGACAUUGCCUAUCGACGAGGACAUUGCCUCUCGAGCUGCAACCGCCGCGGCAAACGGAGAAGGCGACCACAGUGGCUGCCAGGGUCGCCCAAAGUUCUGGAACACGAGCGAUUCUACCGUGGACAAAACCCAGCAGGACAAGGACAAACCCCAGCCGCGCGUCAAAGGCAAGGCACUGUCGCACGUCGAGGACAAGAAGGAGGGCGAGAAGAAGCAAUGGGACGGCAAGAUCCGCCCCGACCUGGUCGUCGUCCGCGAGGGCGAGGACGAUGCAAAGCGCCAUGCACGGGCCAUCAUCGAGUUCAAGGCGAACCCUCCCAAGAGGCCCCGCAGCAGCUCUGCGUCGGACGAGCAGCAGGACACGCACCUCGACACCGUCUCUCAGCUGAUGAAGUACGUCGUCUCGGUCAUCGGUGCCACCCCGGGGUUCCUCUCCAUUUACGCCAUGACGCUCCAGCGGAGCCAAGCCGACGUGUUCCGGGUCGACGGCGACCACAUCACGAAGAUCGCCUCAUACAACAUCGACGAGGAACCUCAGAAGCUCUACCGUACGAUCCUUCUGUUCCACUCGAUCUGCCUCGAUGAGUGGAAUGGCUUCCGACGCUACCAGCGCCAGAUCGACGUCCGCGCGCUGGGCCGCAUCUUUCUGCGCAACGGCCAAGACGAGGAACCCGGUGCUCAGCCAAAGUACCGCGCCAUCACGCUCCAGUGCCCGCCGGGGCCCGCGACCGGGUCGGACGAGGUCACCAGUUGGCCGUACGAGUUUUGGCAGAAGCACUCGGUCUCGCACCGCAUCACGAGCGUUGCCAGGGUCUUCGCCGCGGUCGAGGACGUCGACGACGCCAACGCCGGCCUCCACAUCCCCGCGAUCAUCAAGAUCUCGCAGCUGCAGGAGUGCGAGUGGUCCGCCGAAGGCGAUGCGCUUCGUCUGCUCGACGAGCACCGCCGAGCCGACCUGCUCUCGACGUCCGACGCGCUCCGCACGAUGCGAGAGCGUUGCUACCGGGGGAUCCCCAUGCUCAUCGCACACGGCAUCCUUUGGCAGUCGACCCAGGACGCGGACCUCGGCCGGCUGAAGCUGGCGUAUCCUCAGACCGCGGGGCCGCCGCGGCCAGGCGGAACAAGCGACGAGCUGGGUGAGGACGUGGUGCCUUUCGUCGUUGACCUCAGCAACGGCCUCUUCACCUUUUCGACCUCGCAGCGGCGCCAGCCUACAGCGACGCUGACCAAGUUCGUGCCGAGCUCGGCCUUGGCAGAGCGGCCCUUGUGGAUGCUGCCGGCGUUGAUCGCCAACGUCAUCGAGGUCAUCUACUUUGUCUGCCGCCCGGCCAACAUCAUCCACGCCGACAUCUCGCCCGGAAACAUCCGAGCGUUGGCUGCUCUGCCCCACGGAUACGAGGAGCAGCUGCUCGACCCCAAUCUGGCCGCCGAGUUGCGCCCGCAGCUGGUGCUGCUCAUCGACUUUGGCGAGAGCUGGACAGGCGAUCGCACGAUGCCGAUCGGCGAGCGCGACCGUCGUUUGUUCUUCAGCGGCACCCGCCAGUUCUGGCCAAGAAAGGCCUAUAGCAACAGCCGCACGCUGGGCUUUACCGCUUUGGCCUCGGCCCACCGUCACAUCUUGUCCUCUCUGAAGCGCUUGGACUCGUUCGACGACAUCGAGAGCGCGCUCCUCGUGCUUGUAUACGAGCUCGUCGACAGGAUGGACCUCUGUGACCUCGAGCUUUGCUUCGACGGACUCAAGCGCAUCAAGCGCUCCGUGCGCUGGAGGCAAAUGGGCCGUGACUCCCGCGGCUUCAAGAUGGGAGAGGACCCAGCCACCUUUGCCGAUUUCCUAACGAGCCGCUUCGACGACCCGCGCCUGGACCCCAAAUAUCCGGGCGAACAUGCCGUCGGCGAGGUGGACAGGUGCCGGAAGCUGCUGAGCUACUUGGCCCGCACGAUGUCGGACUGCGCUCGGCUCCCAGAAGAGGCCUCCAAGAUCUCGCGGCACACCGUGGCAGAGCAGAGAUCGGCAGAGCUCGACGUGGAGUUCGAGCUCGAGGAGGCCGAGACCGAGGCGGACGAAGGAGACGGCGAGACUGAGGCGGGCGAAGCAGGCGCCGAGACCGAGGCCGAAGCCGCUGCCGCCGCCGCGGCCGCCGCCGAGCGCGCACGCCUUGCCGACGAGCAGACCGACGCGCUCAUCAAGGAGCUCGUCGAGCGCCUCUACAGCGCCAGCCGCAGGAUGAAGGAGGAGGACGACAACCUCGUCGCUCGGACGAUCAACGAGGGCUUGUCGAAGGUGCCUCGAGGCUGA